CACCGAGGAAGAUGAAAACCAACUAUCGACUUGGCGAUAAAGCAUGUUGCUGAUAUCUAGUUAAUUAAUUCACCUGAAAAUAGGUUAGUUAUUACUCAGAAUUAAAACUCAUAAGAUGGCUUCAAAUACGUCUGGACAAGGUUUUCAGAAUAAAAACAGGGUCGCUAUUUUAGCUGAACUAGACAAGGAAAAGAGACGCCUCAUACAAAGCCAGUCCAUGAACAGUCCUGGGGCAAGUAUCCCACUGUCAAGACCAGCUGUAAACAAGGAUUUCCGGGACCAUGCAGAGCAGCAGCACAUUGCAGCUCAGCAAAAAGCAGCCUUACAGCAUGCGCAUGCGCAUUCUUCAGGCUUUUUCAUCACUCAGGAUUCCUCCUUCGGAAACCUUAUACUCCCUGUGCUGCCCCGGCUUGAGCCGGAGUGAUGAAGGAAGCAAACAGAACUUAAAAGGACACUGUGUGCUCAACUCAGGCCUUUGAACAUCACACCUGAGACUCUUAAGAGCAAAUAAUUUCACCUAAAUUAAUGACCACAGAUUAUGGUGUAUACUAAUUGUACUUUUUUGUAUUUCUUGUAAAAUAGUGAUUAUAAUUGCUGUAGUGUAUUAUUAUUUUCAUAGGCUGCAACAAUACAUGAUUUCCUAAACCA